GGUGAAGCUAACCCCAAUGUUUUGGUCGCGCUGACACUCGGAGGAAAACGAAACUGAUAGAAAUAAUAUAAAGAAAAGAAAGAAGAAAGAAAAAGAAAAUAGAUCUAGGGGAUAUAGACUAGACAAUAGUCUAAAACCCUAUCAAAGAAGAAAGAAGAAAAAAGAAGAAGAAAGAAGAAGAGAGAAGAAGACACUCGGAUGAGCCGCUGAGGGUGAGGCGAAGGGGCUCCAAUCCCGUCGUGAUGUGGCUGUUCGUGGUGGGCUUUGUUGUCCACCUGAUAUUCUUCGUGUCUGUGUUUGACAUUUACUUCAGGACGCCCCUGAGCCAUGGGAUGACCCCGCAGGUGCACGGGAGGGAGCCGGCGGCGCAGAGGCUGGUGCUCCUGGUCGCCGAUGGCCUCCGGGCAGACUCCUUCUAUGACUUCCCCAACGAGACCACGAAGGCGCCCUUUCUCAGAUCUAUCAUCGAGAAAGAUGGGACAUGGGGAGUCUCUCACACUCGAGUACCAACAGAAUCUCGGCCAGGUCAUGUGGCCAUCAUUGCAGGGAUCUUUGAAGACCCAAGUGCAAUUGCAAAGGGAUGGAAAGAGAACCCUGUAGAGUUUGAUUCUGUCUUCAACGAGAGUCGUCACACAUGGUGUUGGGGCAGUCCAGAUAUUCUGCCAAUGUUUGCAAGUGGGUCAGAACGAGGUCACAUAGAGACCUUUAUGUAUGAAGCAGCAGAAGAAGACUUUGCCAGUGAAGAUGCUUCUAGGCUUGAUACUUGGGUCUUUGAUCAUGUUGUUUCCUUCUUUGAAAAAGCCAAGGGAGACAAGAAACUCAAAGAACGUCUACUGCAGGAUCGCAUAGUGUUUUUCCUCCAUCUUUUAGGAAUUGAUACGAAUGGACAUGCCCACAAGCCAUAUUCCAAGGAAUAUCAAAAUAAUAUUGCUGUUGUUGAUAAAGGAGUUGAAAGAGUUGUCAGGGUGUUUGAAGAUUUCUACAAUGACAAGAAAACAGCUUACAUCUUUACAUCAGACCAUGGAAUGACUGACUGGGGAUCGCAUGGGGCUGGAGACCCGAGUGAAACAGAAACACCAAUUGUUGCCUGGGGUGCGGGUGUAGCUAAGCCAAAGGAUCCCUCACAGUUCAAAGAGAAGAUGAUGUAUGAUGCACGUGUUGAAAAGUGGGGUUUGACACAAGUCCGUCGCCAUGAUCUCCACCAGGCAGAUAUUGCACCCCUCAUGUCAUCCAUUAUUGGCAUACCAAUACCUGUCAAUAGCAUGGGAUUGUUGCACAUUGAGUAUUUAGGGACAGCAGAUGAGUACAAAGCAGAUGCCUUGUAUGCAAAUGCUCGGCAAAUGCUUGCACAGUAUCAACGCAAGAGGGCUCAAAAGGAGGAGGAGAUUAUGCCCAUUUUCUACUGGCCAAACCUGAAUCUGUCUCCUGACAGAGAAUUGGAGAUUUUGGCAAAGAUCCGAAACUACCUGAAAGAAGCUAAAUAUGAAGAUGCUAAUAUGGAGAGCCUGUUUUUGAUUUCGUUGACACAGCAGGGCAUGGAUUAUUACCAUAAUUAUGACCGUUUGUCACUUUCCAUUCAUAUUGCUCUUGGUUUCAUGGGCUGGAUAUUCCUCAUGAUCUGUCAUCUCUUGAGAGACCACAGCGCAGUUUUACGGAUGGCUGGAGGCACAAUAGAAGGAAGGAGAGUGUGGCGGUCAUCUGUUUUGAUGGGCUUAGUCCUAGUGGUUUGGGCUGUAACAAACCUCACUAAACUCAUUGGACAGCAAAAUCCAUGGCAACACUACCUGUACCUCAUGACCCCUAUUGGCUUAUGGGCUCUGGUCCACCAGAGCUGUGCUCCCUUACGUGUUACGUGGCUACUCGUGUCCUCUUUCAACAUGGUGUGGGAAGUUGCCAUCCGCAUCCUCUUUAUCAUUAUUGGAAUUGAGAUCUUGGUGAUGGCCUUCUUUGUCAGACCAUUUCUCUCUGUGGGUCUCAUAUGCAUAGGACUUUGGCCUGUGAUCAUGUACUCCAUGCAGGGUGUGGUAGAGAAGUCCAUGCGUCUCGUGUGGAUCGGAGCGAGCAUACUCCUGGCCUCCUUUACUUACAUGCCAGUGGUGGGCAAGGAGCCAUUCUAUCCAAUGGUAGAAGUGGCUGGCUUAUUAGCAUUUUCACUUGGAGGAGUUGGCAUAUAUUGGUGUGGCGGUGAAGGUGGCCUGCCUCGACACAUUUCCUCUGUUGUCUACGUCCAAGGGCUGAUGGUUGUGGGCUCAGUUUAUCUUGUCCAUACAACAGCAUAUAGCAUCAAGCAAAAGGAAGGACUGCCACCCCUCAAUCAGUUGGCAGCCUGGUGUGUUCUAGCACUGGCAUUCCUGUUGCCUCUUCUUGGGUCUCGCAAUGUGAUGGGCCGCCUUCUUUCUGUCACAGCCUCCCUCCUGUGUCCGUUCCUCCUCCUGUCAAUCAGACAUGAAGGAUUCUUCUAUAUUGCCUUGACAAUAGCAAUGUUCCUUUGGCUCAUCCUUGAAUUCUACCUGGCAGGUGAAAAUGUGCAGAUUGCAAUGCUCAAGUUUGCAACGUGGGGCAAGGAAGGAAGUGAAGGAGGAGAGAGGGUUCUGGAGUGGUCUGAUGUGCGCCGUGCAUAUUUCUUUCUUUUUUUCAUUAUCCUAGCAUUCUUCGGUACUGGAAAUCUUGCCAGUAUCAACAGCUUUGACCCAAGUUUUGUAUACUGUUUUGUGACAGUGUUUUCACCAUUUGUGAUGGGGGGCCUCUUGCUCUUUAAGAUCAUCAUCCCAUUCCUCCUGGUCACAUGUUUCUUCCAUGCUAUUUGCACUAUAAUUAAGGUUCCAACCCGUGCCCUGUUUUAUGUGUUUCUCGUGAUGUCAGACUUCAUGGCACUGCACUUCUUCUUCCUCAUUCGGACAGAAGGCUCUUGGCUAGAAAUUGGGACAUCACUCAGCCACUACAUUAUCUCUAUGGCUACUACACUUUUCCUGAUUCUUCUUCUUUUCAUGGCUAAAUUCCUCACCAAUAUCUGCCUCAGAAAGCCAGCCAAAGAAGGAGAGUUUGUUUUGCCACAAGUUAGUGUUGGCAGACCUCAUAGGGAUUAAAGAGACAUUGACUUCCUUGGUAGUCCUGCCAUACAUCAAUUUUAUAUUUAGAUUAAUUAUGUAUUUAAACCAUAAAUAAAAGACAUUUUUAGAGGAUUUGUUUGAAGGAAAACUCAUGAGAGUUCAGUGUGGUCCUCUAAGCAAUAUACAAAUAAAUGAAGUUUAACUCUUGCCCAUUUUGUUAUUUAUGGCAACUCUGUGUUGUGAAUAAUUGCAGAUAGUUUUCUUAUGUUCUGAAUAAAAACUGAUUUAGUCCAUUGAUAAAGUGAACCAAAUAUUGUUGAGAUAUUAAAUGUUCAGAGUGUAACUCAGUAAUUCCAAUCAGGUUAUAAUUGACAUUUGCCAAAAAGAAAAGAAAAGAAAAAGAAGUUACAAAACUUUUUUGUAUUCUAACAAAUUUUCAGAAGUGAAAUUACUCUAGAAAUGAAUUUUGUUAUGUAUAUACUGUUUCUAUAUUUUAUUCUUCUCCAAUGGAUGAAGUGAUAUGUAUUAUUUCUAUGUAAAUCAUGUAGAUUUUUUAUAUAAUGUAUUAUAUUUGUGAUGUAGUUGAAACAUUAAGUCUCUUUUGGUGGUUCUCAUUGAAAUGUAAAAGUCAACAGCUUUUCUUUUUUCUUCUUGAGUUGGUGCACAAGCAUUAAAGAUUCUCUAGCAUGGCUAUAUAUUUGCAAUUAUUUGUAAAGUUGAUUUUUUGGAUAAUAAUAACUUUUGGUAAGAGAAAAAGCCACUCCAGCUUGAUCAUCUAGAAAGAUUUGGCCCAAAUAUUAGUCACCAGUGUUAGAAUGGUAAACUUUAUAGUUGCUUAUCUUCUGUUUUUAUUUGCCGUGACAAUUCCAAAUUGACAAAUCAAAAUUUAUAUCCCAGAAAUGUCUGCCCUAGAAGUUUUAUAUGGAAAUAAUGGUUCCAAAUUGUUGUUGGUGAAUAUGAAUUUCCUGAAGUUCUAGUUACUUAUCAGUAUUAAACUGGCAGUAUUGAGUAUUGUCAUGGAGGUGAAUAUUACGCAAAGUGAUUCAAAAGAUAUGCCCCUAAAAUUACAUAUUGUAUUGAUAAUAUAGGCUAUACAUUUUUAUUUAAAACAUGAACCAUUUUUAUUCAGCUAUAGCCAGUUAUAUUCACAUAUGGUCAAAGUGUGAUCCAUUUUCAGGAAAGCUAGCUCAUGCCUUUUUUUACCCAGUUAACAGAUAUUUUGUAGGGUUGCUACAGGGAUUCUGUUUUAUGUCAUGAAUUCCCUAACAAGGGCUAGAACAGCAACUAGUUUUUUGAAUAGCAAUUUUUGGCAGUGAGUUACCAUUUCCCUAUGCAGAUGCCCCUCCUAACCUCCAGCUCACUCAUUACUUAAGAUUCAGCCUUGGUCCCUAGGCGCUUGAGCCUCUGGGCUAGUACAGUGGUAACGUGUCGGCCUCUCAUCCGAGGGGUCGGCGGUUCGCGCCCCACCCAGGCGCGAGAUGUUGCAAUUGUUGCCUGGAGGUUACUGCUGUGGCUGAGCACCACGGUGGGUAAGGACUAAGCUCAUCCGAAUCAGCACCUGCUGACACACUGUUAGUGAGUCGACAUUAGUCGGCACAGGCCAGGCUCCCCCAUAGCCCGGGCGAGGCUCAGGUUCACGUAUCGGACUUAUCCUUAUCCUAGGCGCUUGAAUUACUGCACCACUGUUGCUACUGUGAUACUUUCAAUUGCCAUUUCAGUGUUAGUUUUCAUUUCUGUGUGUGUGAGUUAGUCUUUUAGACCACUUCUUUUAGGUUUUCCAUAGUAGGUAAUCAUAUGUUGUCUUAUGAUCUUGAAGGCCACACUACUUUUAGAUAUGUGUUAAAAAAAAAUGCAGGAUGUCCAUGAUUUCGAUACAGCACACCAUGUUAUUCCAGUUUUUUUGAAGGUGCAAGGGUUUUUCAUGAAAAUGGGACAAUUUUUAUUACAGUACAUUCUUCUGUCUGACUGUUAACCAAGAAUGCCCACUGUAUUUUUGAUUUAUUACUUUAUUUACACAAAUGGCUUCAGAGGCACCUAGUCCCCAAGGAGUCAGUUACUAGAAAUACCUAACCUCACCUGUUUUCCCCAUUCCUUGAAUUUUCAGAAAACACUUUUUUUAUUAUAAUAGAGAUAAUUCUGUUCUUGAUAAUGUUAGUGAUGAUGAUAAUAUUAACAGAAUUGAAAAUUUUAUUUUCCUGGAUAUUCAAGGAAUAAGAUAAACAUGUACAAUCAAGUAAUCCAUGUCACUCACUUCCUGAUGAUUAAGAACAAAAUUACCACAGAAGACUAUAUUCCUGGCACUAAGAGCUUUAUAUACUCACUAAGGCAGAAUUAUGAUUCAUUAGUUGCAAGUAGUUGCAUAGCAACCCAAUACAAAAUCUAUUCUAACAUGAUAUAGGAUCACAGUUUGAACAGAUGCUAAAUAUGGUCUAUUAUUAACAAUACUGAAACAGUGUAAGUCAUUUCUAUAUCUCAAAUAUUGAAUGCACAUCUAAAGUCCAUAGUUAUGUGUAAUGAAUACUGCAUGUAUUAUAAACCACAAUUAAGGACCUUAAAUCAUAAAUUCUGUUAUAUCACUUUGUAUUUUUUAAAAGCAAUGACCUGUUUAUAUGUUAAAGUCUCUUGUACUUACUCUUUUGUCUAUCCUUGAUAGCAUUUUUCCCAUUAUUUUAAAAGUAGUUAAGUGAUACUUAAACUUGUGAUUUAGUCAUGUCCCAAGGCUGUGAGGUCAACUUGUUUGAUUGGCCUUGAUGGAAAAAGAAACUAGAAAAUGAGAAAUUUACUUCGAAGAAUGACUGAUUUCAUAUUAAUGGACUUGCAAUGCACAAACUUUACUUAUAGUACGUGCGAUUUUUGUGAUCACUACUCUUAUUUUUAUGAUAAUUUUUUAAAGCAUGAUAAAAGACAAAAAGAGUAAUGCAUUGAUUGUGUGCACGUUAAAUCCACCUCAUCCAUUCUUUGUAAUGGUAGUUGUAUAUCUGCAUUUUAAUAUUCUUAUGGAUUGUUUUUGUAAUGCUCAAAAGCAUGGAAGAAACUGUAUUUAUGAACCAUGUACCCCUCAAUUUUGCAUUUUUGCAAAAGGGCUCUAGUAUUUUAAGUCAUUUACUCAUUGGUGCCAAGAGUGCCUAUGUACAUGCACUGUACUAUGCUAUUGUUUUAUUGAUUUGUUAAUGUACAGGUGGCUUUUUCUUUUUACACCCCCCCAUCCCAUGCCCAUUGUUAUUGUGGGGGGCAGAGAAGAUGUGAACUGAGGUUCAGUAUUGGGGAUCAGCUCUACCUUGGGCCUCAGUCCUUGGCUCAACUGGUUUUGCAUUUUUUUUCUCUCUCCUUUUUUUUCUUCUCUUCUCCAACUCCUUCUGCCCACUUCCUAAGAUGUAAGAGCUGUGCUGAAAGGAUGAAAAGCUUUGUCAGUCCUGAAUGGCUUUGGAGAGCCAUGGGCUUGGUAUUCACCUGCUCAGUUCUCUAGCCUUACCCCUCAUUGGGACCCAUAGGGGUAGACUUUCUCUUCCGAACAUAUUUUGGGCUCACCAUAGCCACUGAUAAAGAUUCUGUACCUUUAUUAGGGGCAUUGGGACUUGCCCCACUAUCAGCUAUCUGAAAUUUACGUCUCUGGUUUCCUGAUCCUUGAUGUUCCUUUGAUCACGGCUCUGACCGCUGCUGUUGCUACCCCCUUCUCGAUGAUUGCUGACAACUUAAUCCAUUCCAAAUCAUUCACCAGGUCAUUACUUAACCUUCAAAACACAUUCCUUCCUCUCUCCCAACAUUAUCCAUUCCAUCUCCUGCACAGUCCUCUUUAUAUUCUGCUCCCUCCUCUUCAUCCUUAUUGUCCUUCUUCCUACAGUACUACCUCUCUCUACCUUUCCCUCUUCCUCCCAUUCUAUGGACUCGACCAAUCCCCUUAUCUGUAAGAUUCAGAACUGGUUGUUCUACCUGUCCAUCCGCCAUAAAUCUAUCAGAUUUUGCUGUGCCCCCAGCCAUGUUGGAAUACCCAGCAAUGAACAGACAGAUACUCUAGCUGUUCUGCCACAAUGUCCACAUCACUUCAGGUUUCUCACAUAUUCCAGCCACGGAUUAUUACCGCCACUUUAAGACCUUCCAUUAUACCAGAUGGCAAUUUUUCUGGGCAAGUCUUCACACUAAUAAAUUAUAUACUGUAAAACUAUCAAUCUCCUUCUGGUCAGCUCCAUUUCAACGGAACAUACGUUGGGAGAUGGCUCUUACGCACUUACAUAUUGGCCACAUCUGUCUAACACACUCCUAUCUGAUGUCACAUUCUGAUCCGCUCCUGUGUUCCUUAUGUAAUGUCCCUCUUUCAGUUCCACACAUUCUGUGUCCUGUCCACACUUUGCUGCAGCCCUUACCUCUGAUUUCCCCCAUCUACCCUUCCCUCACCGACCUCCCAACCUAUCAGACAUCCUUACCGAAUCCCAUACUUUCUGCUUCGACCACCUAUUCUCCUUCCUCAGAGCAUGCAUAUCCUUCACUUGAUCUAGUCCCCCUUACCAAAUCCUACCUUAAUCCAUUCUCUCAUUAACUCCUUUACCCAUCUUUAACUUUUCCAAUAUUACUCUAGAUUGUUUACGAAAAGUAACUAACUACUAACCCAACCGCCCUUCACUACUCUUUACUCCUUUACUUCCUACAGUGUUACAUGACCAUAGUGUCUACCACAUUUAUUUUUUGCUUUUAACCCUUAACCAUUCUCAGACCAUACCCAACUCUCUUUCAGAAACUCUUGAAGACAUUCAAACUUUCUGAUCAUGACCCCCCAAAAUAUGCCUAUCUUUCACCCACCCUCCAAUCGCUCUGCUCCCAUUCCUUUUACACUGCAGACAUCCAUCCUCCUCCUCCAUGUUCUCCCUACACCCUUUCUUCCCAUUCACUCCAAACACGCCCCAUCCCCCCUGCUCUAUCUCCCCUUCCUUCCCCGGUAUCUCUUCCGCUCCUUGGAUUCACACGUGACUAAAUUUUGUCACAACGAUACCCUUCCCUGGAUCCUCCUUUCCUGACGUGCCUCCUGACUUCACCGCCUCCCUCAGAUCCCUUGUCUCAUUCCCCGAAUUCUUUGCCUCCUACUUCUCCGACAUCUAAUUUCACCCUUAUUACCAUUGAUUAUUUCAUAAUAGUUCUACACUGGAAUAUUCGCGGUUUCCGUUAUCUCAGACUUGCAUCCUAAAGUUGAUCUAAACGUUCUUAACCUCCUAUCCCUUUGUUGAUAACCCUUACCUACAAUCCUGAAGUGCUGGAAGACUUUGGACAUGUAGCUCAUUUAAUCAUAAACUUACCCCCCCCCCUUCUGUACCCUUUUCGCAAAUAUACCUUCAUGACAUUUGAUGUCUAGCACAUUAACCAUUGCUACCAUUAUUGACAUGGCAAUAAUGGUAAUGAUAUCAAUAGUAAUAAUAACAAUGAUCGUAUGGAUAUUUUCUGACACAAGAAUUCUUCUAGACCCAUCAGUGUGUAAAACAAAAUUAUUGAAACAGUGUAUGUAUCCAGCGUCAGUGAAUCAAUUUCUUCGAUGUUUUCGUGUUUGUUUUCUUUCCUCAUACAUUCCCAACUAUGUUGACAUUGUUGUAAUAGUAUAAUACUGAUUUAUCUUUUACACUUUUACUGCAAAAAAUGUGUAUAUCGACAUUGUAGUUUGUACCAUUAUGUUUUCAUUGCCAUCGUUAUUUUUCAUUACCAUUAUGAAUUCUAUAGAAUUCUGAGACGAGAAGUCUCUUGUGUAUAUACUAUUUCAGCCUGCACUUCCCUUUGAUAAGAAAAAAAGUUUCUUUGUGUCC